AUGUCCAAGGAGGAUGUACGUGCAUCACGACUUGCUCGCUCAUUAGACGUAGGCAUGGAUCAAGCAGAUUUAAGAGAAAGAGGGGAAGCUAGCUGCACUGCAAAUUUAAAAGGCUUGGCUGUAUACACCUUAAACCUUGCCCAUACAAAUGCUCGCAAAUCUUUGACCCUAGCCAACUCAUUGGCAAAAACCACCACCAAUCCUCAACUUAAGCAACGAUAUUCGUCUUGUGCUAAGAGCUAUGAUGAAGCUGUUGGUAACAUAGAAAAUGCUCUAAAGGACUUGGCACUUGGUGACUUUAAUGGUGUCAAUAUUGUAACUUCUAGUGCCAUGACCGAGAUUGAUGAUUGUCAGGAUAAGUUUAUGCAACCACCGAAAGGAUACGUCGUUGCUUUUGAAGAAUAA